AUUACCAUAUGACUCAGCAAUCCCAUUGCUAGGAAUGUGCCCAAAAGAAUUUAAAUCAGGAACUCAUCAGAUACUGCAGGUGCAUUAUUUACAAUAGCCAAAAGGGAGAAACAGCCUAAGGCUGUUGACAGGUGAAUGGGUAAACAAAAUAUUACCCGUAUAAUGGAAUACUACUGGGUCACAAGGAGUGGAGUUCUGACACGGCGAUUAUACUGUCUGAAUAAGCCUUGAGGACAUUAUGCCCAGUGACAUAAGCUGGUCACAGAGGGAAAGCAUAGUAUGAUUCCGUUUAUAUGCGAUACCUAAACCCGGCAAAUUGAGAGAAAGUAUUGAUUGAUUAGAGACCAUCAGGGGCUGGGGGAAGAGAUGGGACGUGACUGGGCUACAGCAUUUGUUUGAGAUGACAGAGAAGUUCUGGAAAUAAUGGUGAUGGUUUUACACCAUUGGGAAUGUAAGUAAUGCCAGGGAACUGCACAUUUAAAAAUGGCAAGUUUCAGGACCAGCAGAUGGCACAAUGGUUACGUUCCUGGACUCUCGCAUAGCGGACUGCGGUUCAAGUCUCAGACCUGGCAGCCUGAACUCAGGCCGGUGUAUGCAUGGGAGUGCCAAAGAUCCAGGAGGACAAGGGAUUGCAGGGUGGCCAUCCUCGCCUACGGGUGAUCUCUGGUUUUCUGUCUUUCUGAUGAGCGCAUGCACCCUGUAACAAAAAUCUCUAAAAAAAUGGCAAGUUUCAUGUUAUAUAUGUCACCACAACCGAUGUUUAGAUCAUGGAGCAAAGGCUUGUCAUACAGAAAUGGCACGCGAUUUCACACUGCCUCACAGGACUGUAAUGCUGUGAGAGCACAAAAGUGUUCCUACUCUCCAGCGAGCGUUACCGAAGUUUGUGAUGUUCCUCACAGCGUCAUUUGUAAGCAGCCCAGCCACCAAGGAUAGUGAAGCAGUUACACAAGUGAUGGCAAUCCACUUUACGGAUACGCUGUUGUUAAAACGGAAGUCGUAACAAGGUCGCCGCUGAUGACAGAGAAGCAAAUGGAAAGGAAGCCUUGCACGUUGUGACCGAAGGCCCCUAGGUGACGGUAACAGGCACCUCCUAUCUAACAGACGUCGUGUGGUGGGCCGGCACGGUCGCAAUGGCUGUUGGUCAGAUUGGAAACUUCCUGGCUUACACGGCGGUCCCCACGGUCCUGGUGACGCCCCUGGGUGCCCUCGGAGUGCCAUUCGGGUCCAUCCUAGCCUCUUACCUCCUAAAGGAGAAGCUGAACAUCCUGGGCAAGCUGGGCUGCCUGCUGAGCUGUGCGGGCUCUGUCGUGCUCAUCAUCCACUCCCCGAAGUCCGAGAGCGUGACCACGCAGGCCGAGCUGGAGGAGAAGCUCACCAACCCAGUGUUCGUGGGCUACCUGUGCAUCGUGCUGCUGAUGCUGCUGCUGCUCAUCUUCUGGAUCGCGCCGGCGCACGGGCCCACCAACAUCAUGGUCUACAUCAGCAUCUGCUCCCUGCUGGGGAGCUUCACCGUGCCUUCCACCAAGGGCAUCGGGCUGGCGGCCCAGGACAUCCUGCACAACAACCCGUCCAGCCAGCGGGCGCUGUGCCUGUGCCUGCUGCUCCUGGCGGUGCUGGGCUGCAGCAUCAUCGUGCAGUUCCGCUACAUCAACAAGGCGCUCGAGUGCUUCGACUCCUCCGUGUUUGGGGCCAUCUACUACGUCGUGUUCACCACGCUCGUCCUGCUCGCCUCGGCCAUCCUCUUCCGGGAGUGGAGCAACGUGGGCCUGGUGGACUUCUUGGGCAUGGCCUGUGGAUUCACCACCGUCUCUGUGGGGAUUGUCCUUAUCCAGGUGUUCAAAGAGUUCAAUUUCAACCUGGGGGAGAUGAACAAGUCCAACAUGAAAACAGACUAGGAGGUGACCGGCGCUAGGCGGCUCGAGGAGCAGGCACUGGGGGUGGUUCUGGUGCGGACUGGAUGGAAGGAGAAGGGACCCUGGACCGUCGUCCGAGAGCUGCCUCUGCACGGGCGGGGCCCGGCAGCCGGGGAGCGCGGCCAGCCCUCUGCAGCCCGGAAGUGCCCACGGGCGCCUGGGCACACCUCUCUCAGAUAGGCUGAAUCUCUUCUCAUUUCCAUUAGCUGGAAGCUCUCAUGACUACUCUUUUCUUUUUAAGACAUUUUAACAGAAAAUAAAGAUGGGCCCUUUCCGGUUAGACAUCGCGAGAGAGCAGAUACUCCUUCCUGGAAGAUGACUUUGGGAAUGGGAGAGAUCCUUGUCUGGACUGGACUACAAAUGCGUG